ACUAACAUCAGUUCGGUUGUCUAAUAGCCUAUCUUUGAAGAUGUCAUCUCAGGUUCAGAGUUUGCAGAAACAAUUAACACAACUUCGACAAGAAGCUAAUGUAAACAGAAUUCCUGUAUCGGAAGCCAUUCAGGAUAUAUUGAGCUAUACCAACCAGCAUGCUCAGGACGAUGCUUUGGUAAUCGGAGUGAACCAGUCGGAGAAUCCAUUCCGAGAGCCCAAACCAUGCUCCAUUCUUUAAAGAAGUGCCAAGUACACAUGGACAUGGAACAGCAUCUCCAUUUUAAUCGUGGUAACAAUGGGCAUGUGCAACCUUCGUGAAUGUUCCUCCAUUCUUCUCUGUAUAGACUUGUAUAUCAUUGGUGUUGUAAUGUUAUGAAGGCAUUUCUUCUUUUUUUUUAUAAGGUAUAGGGUUUCUUUCUCCAAGAAAUCUGUAGGUUCAAAAACAUUUUUUUGUUUUUUUGUUUUUGUUUUGAAAAAUUAAUCAACUAACCUUAUCAAUUGGUCACAGAGAAUGUGGAAAGACAAUGAUUGGUUUCAAAUGUUUGUCAUUAUUUGCUAAUUACAGUUUGGGGAGGGUGGUUACCUUAGACAAAUGUCUAAAUUAUGGCCAGACUGUCAGGAUAUGGUCAGUUUUCGUGUUCUUAUUUUUUUCAUUAAAUCUUGGUGAAUUUAGAAUCCAAUGAAUUUCUUCAAAUUUUGGGGGGGUUAUCUUUCUAAUGAACACAUUCGAACCUGUGUUCAUACUUUGUAAUAAAAAAAAUCUCUUUGCUCUCACUUCAAAAAGAGGACCAAAGACCAAUUAUAUAUUUUGUGCAAUACUUAACACACAGCUGUAGAGAUUCUCAUGUUUCAUUUAAAUGAAGUUGUGCAAUAUUUUAUGUACCAGUUUGUUUGCUCCAAACUUUGAACAUCGAUGUACAUGUUAUAAUAGUCUCCGUCUGUCAUUUCAUAUAAGCACAGUGUAUUACUUGCAAUGUUUUUCGCCUUUUUUGUGUUCUUUGAUGCAGUGUAUGUACAAACUUUAUUGCUACAUAAUGUCAUGGAGGAUUUGAUAGCGAAUCUCAAGCAAGGAAAUGUUUCAUAAAAUACUAGUGUCAUUUUUUUGUUAGUUUUGAUAGUAUAAAUGCUUUAUAAAGUGCGUAAAUAUCCAAGCUUUAGCCUUCUUUUUUUUUUUAAAUUUUUAAUUUCCUCUCAAUACUGUUUUUAGAUUUAUUGUUUGUGCAAUUUUAUGAGAGAUUAUAAAUAAAGUAAACCAAAAUACA